UAGUAGCCACUUCUGUUUUACCGAAGUCCUGCGUGCAUCUUCUGUUCAAUGAACAUAGUAAAAUAUAUGUGUGCAUUUUUAUAAACAAAAUGGAGAGAUAUCCGAAAGACAUUCCUGCGCCGGCCCCUGAUUUUAGAGGGAAUGAGGGGUCGUUGGUGUCAGCAUUGAAGACUUUGUUGUUCUUCACUGUCCUGAUGGUCACCUUACCAAUUGGAUUAUACUUCGCAUCAAAAGCAUAUGUUUUUGAAGCAUCAAUGGGGAUGUCCAAUAAGGACAGCUACUUCUAUGCCGCCAUUGUGGCUGUGGUGGCAGUCCAUGUGGUGCUUGCGCUGUUUGUGUAUGUUGCCUGGAAUGAAGGCUCACGUCAGUACAGAGAAGGCAAGCAGGACUAGUUGCAGGCUUCUUGGCCUUGCAAGAGAGCGCAGGGGCAGGGUGACUGAGACCCACAUAGCACCAGGGCACAACAGCAAAACAACGCCUCAUGGGUAAUCUCCCACAACCUGGCACUGCACAGAGCAGAGAACGAAGGAUUAAUGAAAUUGAUGGUACUGAUUUGAAUGGAUAAAGGAAAGCAGAGGGAGAUGUAUAUAAGAAGAAAUAUAACAU